AUGGCUAAGGCUAAGUCUGCUCAAACCAUGGUCAAAUUGGUUUCCCAAGCAAAAACAGGGUAUGAAAAGUGGUUCUCGAUAAAUAGAUCCUGUCAAAGACUAAACUUGAUUUUAUACGACCCUAGAGCAAAGAGACAUGUUCUAUUCACAGAAGAUAAAAAGAGGAAAGUGCCCGAACUUUUCCCAAAGGACUUUGCUAGAAGACAUAGGUGA